CUCUGCCAUUUGCGUCGAAGAGGCCAUCGGGUCGCCGAUGGGACUCCAGUACUUGAACUUCCAAUUCAGUUAUAAUUUCGUCGCUCUAACCGCCAGCACGGUACGACGGCUGAACGUGGAAACGUGUUUUCAGUUGGCCAAUUGCCCGUAGUCGACUGCUCAUUUGUUUAUGGAAACCAAAUGGCUUUAGUUCAAUUGCUAAAUUAAUUUCCAAAUAUCGAUUUGAUAUCGUCGCACCUUGAAGUUGGAAUCGCAUUAAGAGGGCUGGGCAAAGCAAACCGAAUUUGAUUGCAUUAUUUAUAUAAUCCGGAAUACUUGCGAUAAUUUCACGGGUGCGGAGUUAGUGGCAUUGGUUUUAAUGCGGCCGACACGCGUUCCCUCAACAGCCGGAGCACAUGUGCGGGUUACAUUUUAGGACGCGUAACAGUCCGUCUCAGAAGACGUCCCUCCGUUGGGGCGACUGCUGCCUGGUCUAGUCUGGUAUUCAAGUGAUUCAAGUUCCCACGACUUGUGAUCAAAGUUAUUGAACGGGGAAUCCCGAAAGCCCUCGCUGGAGCAGGAAAUGUUGCAUAAGCCAAGGCGCAUUUGAUUGGCGCGCUUCUUUGAUUGCCGUCGCUACGCUCCAAAAUCCCAAUUUGGCGUCCGCUUGAACUUGGCGCACAAACGCAAAGGCAGAGCUAAAGGUCAACCCCAUUCCGAGGGUAUUAUUUUACACAAGUGCGCGGAGUGCUGUGAUUUUCGAAGCCAAGGACACGACUGAGUUUCAAGUAUGAUCAAUAUCGCUGGCGUGGUGAGCAUCGUGCUCUUCUACCUCCUGAUCCUGGUGGUGGGCAUCUGGGCCGGUCGCAAGAAGCAGUCCGGCAAUGACUCCGAGGAGGAGGUGAUGCUGGCCGGCCGCUCCAUCGGCCUCUUCGUGGGCAUCUUCACCAUGACGGCCACCUGGGUGGGUGGCGGCUACAUCAACGGCACGGCGGAGGCUAUAUACACAUCGGGACUGGUGUGGUGCCAGGCUCCAUUUGGCUACGCACUCAGUUUGGUUUUCGGCGGCAUCUUCUUCGCUAAUCCGAUGCGAAAGCAGGGAUACAUCACCAUGCUGGACCCGCUGCAGGAUUCGUUUGGCGAGCGGAUGGGCGGUCUGCUCUUCCUGCCCGCCCUCUGCGGCGAGGUCUUCUGGGCCGCCGGCAUCCUGGCCGCCCUGGGCGCCACGCUGUCGGUGAUCAUCGACAUGGACCACCGCACCUCCGUGAUCCUGUCCUCGUGCAUAGCCAUCUUCUACACGCUGUUCGGCGGCCUGUACUCCGUGGCCUAUACGGACGUGAUCCAGCUGUUCUGCAUCUUCAUCGGACUGUGGAUGUGCAUUCCCUUCGCCUGGAGCAACGAGCACGUGGGCAGCCUGAGCGACCUGGAGGUGGACUGGAUUGGGCACGUGGAGCCGAAAAAGCAUUGGCUAUACAUAGACUACGGACUGCUGCUCGUCUUUGGGGGGAUUCCCUGGCAGGUCUACUUCCAGCGGGUAUUAUCCAGCAAGACGGCCGGACGGGCUCAACUGCUGUCCUAUGUGGCCGCCGCUGGAUGCAUCUUGAUGGCCAUUCCCCCGGUGCUCAUCGGAGCGAUUGCCAAGGCCACACCUUGGAACGAGACAGACUACAAGGGACCCUAUCCCCUCACCGUGGACGAGACGAGCAUGAUUCUGCCCAUGGUGCUGCAGUAUCUCACGCCCGACUUCGUGUCCUUCUUUGGCCUGGGCGCCGUUUCCGCCGCCGUGAUGUCCUCUGCCGACUCCUCGGUGCUCUCCGCCGCCUCCAUGUUCGCCCGGAACGUGUACAAAUUGAUUUUCCGUCAGAAGGCGUCCGAGAUGGAAAUCAUUUGGGUGAUGCGCGUCGCCAUCAUUGUGGUGGGCAUCCUGGCCACCAUUAUGGCACUCACCAUUCCCUCCAUCUACGGCUUGUGGUCCAUGUGCUCGGAUCUGGUCUACGUCAUCCUGUUCCCGCAGCUGCUGAUGGUGGUGCACUUCAAGAAGUACUGCAACACGUACGGCAGCUUGUCGGCGUACAUUGUGGCCCUGCUCAUCCGGCUGUCGGGCGGCGAGGCCAUCCUGGGACUGGCUCCGUUGAUCAAGUACCCCGGCUACGACGAGGAGUCGAAGGAACAGAUGUUCCCCUUCCGCACCAUGGCCAUGUUGCUCAGCCUGAUCACCCUGGUUGCGGUCUCAUGGUGGACUAAAAUGAUGUUCGAGUCGGGGAAGCUGCCGCCCAGCUACGACUACUUCCGCUGCGUGGUCAACAUUCCGGAGGAUGUGCAGCGCGUCGGCGAUCCGUCGGAGUCGGGCGAGCAGCUGUCCGUGAUGGCCGGACCUCUGGCCCGUUCGUACGGAGCCGCCACCAUGGCGGGCAAGGAUGAGCGCAACGGCCGCAUAAAUCCCGCCCUGGAAUCGGACGACGACCUUCCAGUGGCGGAGGCGAGGCGCCUGAACCAGGAGACGGCGCAGGCGCAGGUGAAGAAGAUGCUGGACACGGCCACCGGCGUGAAGGCGGCCGGAGGAGGCGGUGGCCAGAUGAGCCAGAGUGGAAUGGCCAUGCCCACGCCGGAGCAGGACAACACGGCCUUCUGAGUGGUCGCCCAGAGCGGAAGUCCAAAAGGCCCGAAAGUAGGCUGCACAGUUGAGUCCAGCGAAUUAUCCGAUUUUAAGUUGCGCUUGUUAGGGGGAUUUCAAUGAGGGGGAGUGGGAAUGGGAGUGGGAGUUAGGUCAAAGGGCGGACGGAGUACAGAAAGUAUUAGGAAACGUACGUUAAACACACAAGUGCUCAGGUAAAAAGUGCAGAAAGCUGAUCGUAAGGUUUACAUUUUCAUUUAGCCCACUUAUUGUGUAUAGUUUCUACAAGCUUCAAGCGUUCUAUCGGUAUUCAUUUUGAUGUUAGAGAAUCUAUGUGUAAAUGUUCAAACGGUAUCAGAAGUGCAGAAAACGAAAUUAACCGAGUACAUAUCAACUGCAUUUUUCCUUGCCCGAGAAUUGCAUUAAAAUACGUUAAGCCGGUGGAGAGGCUAAACUACAUGUAAUACCAUUCCUGGCGAUAUGCUAAUAUCGAUCAUAUACUAUAUAGAUGCAUAAAAUGUGAAUCAUGUGUCCUUCCAGAACGAACAAAGCUAAGCAAAACUAUCCACAAACUAACGCAAACGAAACAUAUCAAAAUGUAUCAAGGCGGUACAGUGUAUCAAUAUACAUAUCACUCGUGUAACUGUUGUUUGUAAGCUAAAUAGGAGAAUCCGAGGUGUACGAUGCAUAAACUAUACCCAAACCAAGUAGUUGUGUAAGUGAGCGAAAACGAGGCAUAUCGAGUUAUAUAGGAAUGAAUUUUAGCUGCUCUCAAAGAGCAAAACCACAAGGUAUAUGGCAGAUAAUACACAGGAAAACAGACAGACAAAGGAUGAAGCAAUUAUAUAUAUAACAUGUUGCGUCGUAGUACCUAAAUAUAUAUAUAUACCUAUACAAAAUCAUAUACACAGCAUAUAUAUACAUAUUUAGAGGCCAGCCACUGAAUUUAGAGAGUUAUACCCACGACAUUGAUCCAAUAAACCUGCAUAUUCAAUAUAAACACACGCUGCCUGAACCCCAAACCUCAACUGGAAUCUGAGCGUAAAACUUAGGAAAUGAGAACUAAACUAAAAUUAACCAAACUGAAUACUUUAUCAAGAGAUGUGCGUUGGUUCCUCUUUUUUGUAAUUCACUCGGAUCGUUUGUUACUCUUUCGUCCCGUUGGAAAGAAGUUAUCUAAAUCUAACAAAAGUCAACUCAAGUAAACUAAUAUGCGUAACUAACUUGAUAAGGUUUUAAGCUCCAUAAAGUACCAUAACUACAUACAACUCACUUAAGUGUAAUGAAUGUUGACUGCUUUUUGAUUGAGCCUCGUAUGUUUGUUGUAUUGGGGUAAAGUUUUUUAACUUUUACAUAAGCGAAACUAAAAAGAGUCCAUUUAGGAUUACCUACCUACAUAUGAUACACACAUAUCUGUUCGUUGUUAUUGUUAUUAUCUAUUGCAUCAGAUCUGAGUGUGUACUUUUCGAUAGUGUUUGAGUCCGUUUAACUAAGGAGUUUGACUAAGGAGUUUAACAACUUUUCCAGAGAACCUACAUAUGUAAUUAAGUGUGUUUGUAUUUCAUUCGGGAGUUUCUUUGUGCAGUUAACCAGAUUUGUAAAUAAGCAAAUUACUCAAAAUCGUUUGUAAAGUUACUAUCAACUAUACCAAAACCACCAAAUAAUUUAUGCAUUCAACUGCGAUGACUUCGCUUGGUUAAAACAGUCGAAACAAUUCUGUUUUGCAAUUAGUUAAAAUAUACUUCUGUUAUUGUUAACCAAACUUGGUCUACCCAUUCCAAGUUCCCUUAGUGGCAUUAUGUUAACCAAAAUAAAGCAAACGAUUAGAACGAAGGGUUACGAUAUACAUGAUGUAUUAAGAUCAAAUUAAACCGAAUACAUAUCAAUGUUUUAAGCAUAGCGAAAUGGAAUAAAACCCAAGCAAAAUGAAACGAACAAAGUAUUUAAUAAAUAAAAGGUAUAUAUAUCUA